CAUUCCCAUGUGCGCCGCAGUUUGUAGUCCAUUCCUGCGGUCGCUGCUCCACAGCCGCUGGUAGGCUGACAAAGUGCUGAUUUACAGAGCAGGUUAUUAAACAUUAAAAUCCAGGUUUACGAUGGCGAGAGGAAGCCGAAGCCGCUCUUCAGCACCAGCAAGUGCCCCAUCCCAGUCUUACACGCCAGCCCCAGCUCCCCCUCCUCCGGCGGCCCUGGCCCCCGUGCAGGCUCAGCCCAAGCAGCCGGGCCUCAUGGCCCAGAUGGCCACCACAGCAGCCGGAGUGGCAGUAGGUUCGGCCGUCGGACAUGUGGUGGGUGGUGCUCUUACAGGAGCAUUCAGUGGAGGCAGCAGCAGCUCAGAGGCGCCCAAACAGGCACCUGCGUAUCAGGAAGCCCCUAGGGCUGCUCCAUCCCAGGCCGGUCCGUGUCUGUUUGAGGUGAGGCAGUUCCUUGACUGUGCUACCAAUCAGACAGACCUCAGCUUGUGCGAAGGCUUUAAUGAGGCUCUGAAACAGUGCAAAUACUCACACGGUGUUUCAUCUCUGGUGUGAUGGGCAAGACAGCAAGAGCACUUUGAAUGAAGACUUUACUUUAGACAGCUGCGAUAUCUGUUCACAAUGUCUAGAUCCCUCCAGCACUCAACCAGCUUCAGUUUGGUUUGUCAGAAUGAAUGUUUCCAAUUGGGUGCGUGAUUUGUAUGCGAGAUGUGUAAAAUAAACAAGCUGCUAUUUAACCUUU